AUGUGGUGCGUCCCCGCACUCGCCCAUCGACUGUCGGCCGUCGAGCGUCGAGCGGUCUCUGGCUGUUGUUGCGAUGGCUACUCACAACACUUACCUCAAGAACACCUCUGGCAAGGUCAACUUGCAGACCCUGUUGUCCCUGUCGGAGCUCAUCGCGAGGCACAUAAGCCCAUUCCCGCCACGAUCUACAAGCUAUUCCAGUCUAUCAUUGAUGCAAGAACCGAAACACACUCUCUCUUCCGCCGGGUCGUCGCCAACAACCCAGAUCCAGACAUCGAACGGAGCAACGCGACUAAUAAGCACUGGAUCGACGGUCUUACCAAGGCGUUCAAGACCCUAGGUGGCGAUUCUUGGAUUGCUGAAACACGAAACGAGAAGAAAGCAGUGGACGAUGACGAGGACGAAGAGGAGGUUAUCUUCUCGAACAAGUUUUCGGCUCUCAACCUGGACGGCGAGGUGAUCGAAGACAACGAAGAGGAAGAUGAGACCAGAGAUGCACCAGUACAGCCAAAGCCGAAGCCGGCAAAUAGGAAGAAGAAGGGGGGCAAAAAGGGGAAGAAAUCAAAAGGAAAGGGCAAGAAGCCUUCUGCCGCCCAGCCAGACCAGGAGGAUUUACCACUGGAAGCAUAUCGCAUCAUUGAGGAUGAAUCCGGGAUCAUUACUGACUAUUUGAUGGCUGUCUACUCGCUAGCCUCGCAAUGGGUCGAGCUUCGCCAUUAUAUCCAGGAUUUGUGGCAUGAAGUGGCAUACGAAGGUCUAAACAGCGCGGUCGCAGGCGCUGUUUCCAACAUAGCGGUGGCAAUGAUCAGGAGGACAGAAACAAAGAUCUUCAUUGAUUUCCCAGGGCAUGACUCUUUUGACACUGUCAUGAACACCAUCGUCCGGGGCAAACCCGAUAAGGCUCAGGGCAUGUUCCACAUGUCGCAACAUUGCUGGGACAACAAUGGUCGGGGAGGUCAAGUGGUCCAAGAAGUCGAUGUUGAUGUGAAGGAGCAAUUCCUUAUUCACACAUAUCGCGCCCUACUCGACUUUGUCACAGAUUACCAGAUCGCACGGGAUGGCAAACCUAGCAAGUCAAUGCUCGCUGAGAUUCAAAACUGGAGCCCAGAUUUUAAUCUUGCACGGGCUACGAAAGAACAGCGUAUCCAGUGGCGCCGGAUUUAUACAAUUAAUUGGUUAUAUGACUUGGUCAACCUUUGUUCCGGGGUUGUUGUGCAACGCCGGAAUUUGAAAGGGCAGAGGAUCGUUCUGGAGACUGUCGACUGGUCCGUCAAUGGGCCAUGGAGCCAGCAUCGAACAUUAUUUGGCUUGAAUGAAUUCGCCGGCGUCAUCACUAGUCUUGCAAUGCAAAAGCCCGGCACCGAUGUUCGACCGAGGAUCCUCCCUCAUCACGUCUUUCAGCUCCAAUGUAUCGUCGAUUCUCUGUGCGUGUCCCGGGGCUGGCUGGUCAGUAGCUUGCGAGGCCAUGUCCUUACGGAACCGGCUCGAGAUUUCCGCGCACGGAGAGAUGUUGACCUUUUUAUGGACCGUGAGUCUAAGAAAUUUCUGAAAGGGUUUUGCACCUCAGUCACGGUCUUUGUGCAAUUAGCAGAGAGGGACGCUAUGCUGCAUGGUGAUCCCAAUAGGCACGCAGACUCGAAAAUACUCCUCGAAAAUCUACUUGAAGACUUUGUAGACUGGCUCGGGGAAUCAAAGUAUAUGCACGGUUUGACUGGUAUACCGCCAUCUCGCUUUUCAAACACAAACUCCAACGGCCUUUGGGAAUAUUCUCCGUUCCUCUGUGGUGUUGGUCUGGUGGAAGCAUUAGAUUUAGCGUGCACCACGGCCUUUCUCGUGUGGGAUAAUAUACCGGAACCACUAUGUCUUGUACAUCUGCAUAACUUGCUGGUGCAGGAAGGCUAUCUCAAAGAACCAGUUGAGAUGCUUGACAUUCUGACGGGCCUCUUCCCAGAUUCUUUUUUCCCCAAUGGCAAAGCACCCUCCUCUAAUUACAUCGAAGCUUUCCUUGAAAUGAUCGGCAAGACCGGUACUCGUCACGCAUUUCACCAGCGUCGGGCGAUUCGUCAGGCCGCAGCAGGAACGCACGGUUUAUUAAACCCUGCCGGCAACCGUUUUUUCACAGCCAGAUCCUGGCUUCGACGCUAUCGUGAUGCGGACUGGGACCUUGAUCGUAUUCCAGACGAGGACGUCAACAUUCCCUCGACCCUGGCGAUGCUCCGCAUUCACCAGGCAAAGCGCACAACGGACCCUGUGACGGGGCAGAAGGUCCUGGAGGAUACAGACAUUGUCAAGCGUUACAGGGCUAGGGGAAUGGACGAUGCAACCAUGAUUGAAUCGACAUCUAUGCUGUCGGAAUUGACGAAGGAGGAGGAAAUCCCAGAGAGCAUUUUGGCUACAAUUCCUGAUCCUUCAAGAUACACGAUACGUCAGCCCAAAAAGGGGAUGCUCAAAGACGCACAGCUGUUAGAUCUGUCAAAGUUCGAUAUCGCGACGGAUAUCUCCAGCCAACUGCGACCGAUCUCAGGCAUAAACUAUGUAUCGGUGGUUUCGCUGAUGAUGUCGCUGUUCAUGAUGGCCGAGGACAAGCUGAAAGAACGCCGUAACCCGCUGUGGGUCGAGGUGUAUGAACACACCAACCCGGCCAUAUCAGGACAAAAGAGGGCGUCACUCGUGACUCUCAUGCUUCGCGACAGAGACGAAGAAUGCAUGCGGGUAUUCGCUGAAGUAUUUCAGAACACAAAACCUAUCAUGAUACAUCAUCUCUAUUGGAACAAGGUGGAGCCUGAUUUCGGGAUCCGGAUGAAACAAAGCCGUGACGAGCCUCCGGAUUGCACGGUGAUGUAA